GAAUUUGGCAAUAUUUCUUACUACCGCCUCAACCAAGACAAAACCCAAGCUCUACCAAUAAACCUGCCCAAACCCUUGUUAGACACACUCCAGACCUCAUACCAGUUCGACUGGAAAUCACACUCCCUCACAUACCUGGGAAUAAAGAUAGCGCCCACGAUUUCUGCCACUUCACAACUAAACUACAAACCUCUAAUUACACUAUGUAAAGCGGAAAUGAACAGAUGGAAACACGCAAAAAUCUCAUGGUUGGGAAGAAUUAACACGUACAAAAUGAUGAUCCUCCCACGUAUCCUUUAUAUCUUUAGGAUGAUACCAUUAGGGAUCACGCUCCAAUUUUGUAAGGCACUACAAAAAUUAUGUAGCGCGUAUAUUUGGAGCGGGAAAAGACCCCGGGUGUCCCUAGCACUCCUUCAGACUGCCCCACGACAUGGAGGAGUGGGUCUCCCAAACCUGAGACAAUACCAUAGAGCAGCGAUCCUCUCCACAGGCAUACUCCUUCAUGCCACACCAGGCACACUACAAUGGGUAGACAUGGAAAGAGCACAAUUUGCAAGCAUGUCUUUAACCGACUAUCUAUGGACACCAAGGAAGUUUAGAAUUAAGCGCACAGACCUGUUCCCAACCACACAACUUACAAUAUCCAUAUGGGACACCUUUAUGGAGACAAUAGGUCAUAAGGAUACACUACACACAAAAUCUCCACUCUCAGUCCUGAGAACAAUAGUACCUAACAUUCCCCUCAAAGACUGGAAUGCGGCGGGAGUGGCAACAAUAUCACAGCUAUUGGACGCCAAAGGCGUACUACCAUUCCCAAUACUACAAACGAAGUGGCAACUCCCAAACAGGGCUAUCUUUUCCUAUCUACAACUAAAAAGCGUGAUUCAAACACACACACCCCCAAUACAUCCAACGCCAACUGCGACUAGACUCGCCUCCCACUUACUCCUAGACAGAUGUUGGGUGGCACCCACAAAACCCAAAGCACUCACACUAUGUUACAAGGCAUGGCAGGAACUCUCAACACCCACAUCACACCCCUACAAACUCCACUGGGAGACAGACUGCGGGACAGCACUGACAGACUACGACUGGCUACGCGCCCUCAACGGUCUCUCUAAAUGGACCAAGUGCUACACACAUAUCGAGGCCCACAAAAAACUCCUCUACCAUUGGUAUAUGACACCACAGAGACUCCACCGUAUAUACCCCAAUACGCCCAACACUUGCUGGCGGUGCAACGCAACUGCAGGGACCUUGGAACACCUAUGGUGGUCUUGCGGUAGUAUCCAACCACUUUGGACCGCCGUAUCACAGACACUAGACCAACUUCACAUCCCUAAAUUCCAACUGUCAAAAAAAUCAUGCCUCCUGCUCCUACUCCCAACUAACCUCACCCUAAUACAAAAACAGAUUGCAGCCCUUACAAUACUGGCG